AUGAAUCCUGAAGCAAAAAUGAACAUUAGUCAAAUUAUUUCUUACUGGGGCUACCCAGAUGAAAAGUAUGAUGUUGUAACUGAAGAUGGCUAUGUCCUUGGCCUUUAUAGAAUUCCUUAUGGGAAAAACAAUAGUAACAAUUCAGCUGAGAGACUUGUUGUGUACUUGCAACAUGGGUUGUUUACAUCUGCCAGCAGCUGGAUUUCUAAUUUACCCAACAACAGCCUGGGCUUUAUUCUGGCAGAUGCUGGUUAUGAUGUAUGGAUGGGUAAUAGCAGAGGAACUACCUGGUCUAGGAAACACUUGUACCUAAAAACAAAUUCUGAAGACUUCUGGGCUUUCAGUUUUGAUGAGAUGGCUAAAUAUGACCUUCCAGCCUCCAUUAAUUUCAUUGUGAACCACACAAAGCAAGAAGAAAUAUUUUAUAUAGGCCAUUCGCAGGGCACAACUAUUGCUUUUAUAACAUUUUCAACAAUGCCAAAGAUUGCUGAAAAAAUCAAAGUUUUUUUUGCCUUGGCACCAGUUUUUUCCAUUAAACACAUAAAACUCCCAAUAGUUAAAACUGCAUACAAGUUGAAGACACUCAUCAUGGGUAUUUCUCACAAGAAAGAGUUUUUGCCUAACAGUCCAUUUAAAAGAUUUCUUGGUUCGACCUUAUGUCCACUAAAGAUUUUUGGCGGAAUGUGCCGUAAUAUUUUGUUUAUGAUGACUGGAAAUCAUACAAACAACUUAAAUAUGAGUCGAAUGGACGUAUAUAUGACCCAAAACCCAGGAGGAACGUCUGUUCAAAAUAUUCUCCACUGGAGUCAGCUUUUAAAUUCUACUCAGUUGAAAGCUUAUGACUGGGGAAGUCCUGAUCAGAAUAUGAUUCAUUAUAAUCAGAAAACUGCUCCAUUCUACAAUGUAACAAAAAUGAGUGUUCAGACUGCAACUUGGAGUGGUGGAAAUGACUUGUUGGCUGAUUCUGAAGAUGUUCAAAUUUUGCUUUCUCAAAUUCAAUACCAUAUUUACCAUAGAACGAUUUCUUCCUACAACCAUCUAGACUUUUUGUUUGGAUUAGAUGUAUUUAAUCAAGUUUACCAUGAAAUUAUUAAUAUUAUUGAAAAUAAUAUUUAA